GACAUGGAUUCCUGGCAUGUGUUUGUACUGCUGGCGUGCCUGCUGACGUGCCUGGCUGCAGAGAAUGUCACCACAGUGUCUCCCACCGCAGCACCUCUGAAUAUUACGUCCGGUCCGACGCUACACAUCAACGUCCAGCCCGCUACAGACAGCAAUGCCGGAACAGACGCCAAGUCGACGCAAGCGGUCACCGCCACUCCGCCGGUCAUCUUGGCGCCUACAAUCAAUGCUACUGCCCCCAUCUCCACGGACACCCCCGUGAGCAAUGACUCGGACUCCAGCAACCACACAACACUGUUCCACAAUAGCACCGCUGCCCCAACCACUGCCUAUGUCCUCAGCAACACUAGCACCCCGGUGGCAACUCUCACUGAUAUGACCACCGCCAUCAGAGACAUUCCAGAGGAGGCCACAACUCUGGAAAGCUCGACUGGGGAAAGCAUCACACCGUCAGACCCAUCGCCAGAAGGCCCCCAAGAUGAAACGCCCAUUAUCGCAGUCAUGGUGGCACUCUCUUCACUGCUCAUCAUUGUCUUCAUCAUCAUCGUCCUCUACAUGCUGAGGUUCAAGAAGUACAAGCAAGCAGGCAGUCACUCCAAUUCUUUCCGAUUGUCCAAUGGCAGAACUGACGACAUGGAGCCUCAAAGUAUGCCACUCCUAGCAAGAUCUCCCAGCACCAAUCGCAAGUACCCGCCGCUGCCUGUCGAUAAGCUGGAAGAGGAGAUUAACCGAAGAAUGGCGGAUGAUAACAAAAUGUUCCGGGAGGAGUUCAAUGCUCUCCCUGCCUGCCCUAUUCAAGCUACGUGUGAAGCUGCCUCAAAGGAAGAGAACAAAGAAAAGAACAGAUAUGUCAACAUACUGCCCUAUGACCAUUCCAGGGUGCACCUGACACCCAUCGAGGGAGUGCCUGACUCGGACUACAUCAAUUCCUCUUUUAUCAAUGGUUAUCAAGAGAAGAACAAGUUUAUAGCAGCACAAGGGCCAAAAGAGGAAACUGUGAAUGACUUCUGGAGGAUGAUCUGGGAACAAAACACAGCGACUAUCGUCAUGGUAACCAACCUGAAAGAAAGGAAAGAAUGUAAAUGUGCUCAGUACUGGCCCGACCAGGGUUGCUGGACGUAUGGAAAUAUCCGCGUAUCGGUAGAAGAUAUGACCGUUUUAGUGGAUUACACCAUACGCAAAUUCUGCAUCCAACAGGUUGGUGACGUUACAAAUAAGAAGCCACAGCGCCUUGUUACACAGUUCCAUUUCACCAGUUGGCCUGAUUUUGGGGUGCCUUUUACUCCUAUAGGGAUGCUAAAGUUCCUGAAGAAGGUUAAAAACUGUAACCCGCAGUAUGCCGGGGCUAUUGUUGUACAUUGCAGUGCCGGCGUAGGUCGUACGGGAACCUUCAUAGUCAUAGACGCCAUGCUGGAUAUGAUGAAUUCAGAGAAGAAAGUAGAUGUUUAUGGGUUUGUCAGUCGGAUCCGGGCUCAGCGCUGUCAGAUGGUACAAACAGAUAUGCAGUAUGUGUUUAUUUAUCAAGCACUGCUGGAACAUUAUCUGUACGGGGACACAGAGCUAGAAGUCACAUCUCUGGAAACUCACCUACAGAAGCUGUACAACAAAAUCCCUGGGACCAACAGCAACGGCCUGGAGGAGGAAUUCAAGAAGCUAACGUCCAUUAAAAUUCAGAAUGACAAAAUGAGGACGGGAAAUCUGCCAGCCAACAUGAAGAAAAACCGAGUCCUGCAGAUCAUUCCAUAUGAAUUCAACAGAGUCAUUAUUCCUGUGAAGAGGGGAGAGGAGAACACAGACUAUGUAAAUGCCUCUUUUAUCGAUGGUUAUCGACAAAAGGACUCGUACAUUGCCAGUCAGGGGCCAUUGCGGCACACAAUGGAAGAUUUCUGGCGGAUGAUCUGGGAGUGGAAGUCGUGUUCGAUCGUUAUGUUAACAGAGCUGGAGGAGAGGGGGCAGGAAAAAUGUGCGCAGUAUUGGCCGUCAGAAGGGACCAUGUCUUUUGGUGAUAUUACCAUGGAGCUGAAGAAGGAAGAAGAGUGUGAAAGCUACACAGUGCGAGACCUGCUGGUCACCAACACCAGGGAAAACAAAGCCCGCCAAAUUAGACAGUUCCACUUUCACGGGUGGCCGGAGGUUGGAAUUCCUACUGAUGGGAAAGGAAUGAUAAAUAUCAUCGCAGCUGUCCAGAAACAGCAACAGCAGUCUGGGAACCAUCCCAUCACCGUACACUGCAGUGCUGGCGCGGGGAGGACGGGGACGUUCUGCGCUCUCAGUACGGUGCUGGAGAGAGUGAAAGCAGAAGGGAUACUAGACGUCUUUCAAACAGUGAAAAGCUUGAGAUUGCAAAGGCCACACAUGGUGCAGACACUGGAGCAGUACGAAUUCUGCUACAGAGUGGUUCAGGAAUAUAUUGACGCAUUCUCGGACUACGCCAACUUCAAAUAAAACCAAGGGCAGGACACGACCGUGGCCUUUAAUAUUUUGUAAUAUUCUAUUUAAUAAUAUAUCUAGACCAGUGUAUAUAUCUUAACUGUUUUAGAGGACUGGUACAAUGUGCUUUAUAUUAGCUGGAAAUUAUAUAUGUAGCAAAGUGAUUAGUGCGAACAGACAUUUUUUUUUUUUAAUUUGAAUACAAUAGCUGGAUGUUUGGAUUUUUAUUUUUUAUUUUUUUUUAUCAUCAUCAUCCCCUCAUCCAUUUGCUUUGACCCGUGGUCCACCCCUAACAUGACAAGAAAAGCCUUUGUGGAAUGUUCUAGAUAGACUCCUGGGAAGCACAGCCGUCUAAGGUUUACUGCCGUUCUGAGUAGGC